AUGAGCUGUGCGCCGACCCCUGGAUCCUCUAGACCGCAUAAGCGGCAGCGAAGUACGAAUGCGGGCCCGACCCCAUGGCCAGAACCUAUCAUGACUGAUCGUCGGUCGGAAUCGGCGGAGGAUACGAGCAGGUAUACUCCAGUAUACGGGCAGUAUCUCCCUGACAUCGCUCACGCAGAGCGGGCACCCACGCCGCUCUCCAGUCCCACACGGCCUGGAAGUAAUCCCUACAACGAGCCCGAUACUCGCCGCGCUUCUACUCCCACUUCUGCCAGCUCUCCUACUUCUGCGAGCUCCUCCCGUUCGACCUUCUCCGCCUCGCAGCUUGACCAGAUCGCCGAAGAGUACCUGACGCCCGGCUCUGCGCUCGCAGGCAUGCUAUUACGCGUCGACGAAAAUGGGUAUGAUCCAGCACCUCCUUAUUACAGAGUCAACCCCAACCCGGAGCUACCCGCGGUCAUUAACCACGACAAUUAUGCAGGGUUUGCUGGGCCCUCGAUCGGCAUCGACCCCCGCUUAUUUCGCCCUCCGCAGUACAGUCACCCCGCCGACCACACGGACCACUCUCAUCCAUUGGCGCCAUCCGAGCGCCCACCUGAUCUUGGUUUCGAUCCCGCCCACCGGAUCUUCCUCGCCAACAUGCUGCAAGCGCAGCUCGCUCAGAUGGACGCGAUGCGCAGACACAACCGCCUCGCUGCCAACUCGGCCGGACCGCCACCGCCAAUCGUCCAGGACCGCGCGUCGGUUCUUCCAAUGUACGCCUCCCUGCCGGUGCACCUCCCACCCGUUCCGGACCACGUUAUCGUCCCCGAGCUCAAUGCUGUGUCGGAGCGGUCCCGCGGGAGCGUCCCCGUCCUCGAUGCAGUCUGGGGCAGGUCCUGCAUGACGGAAGAUCUGGAGAUGCCCGAGCGGCGGACUGUCUAUGACUCGGACGGAUUCAUCCUGGACGCUCAGAGUUGCGACUUUCGUACGACCCGGCACAGGGAGUACGAUUUCCGCUUUCAAUUAGGUGCCAAACGAGCUCGAGCUAAAGGUCCGAACCCAGCGCACAUCCGGCCAUUCCCCUGA